AUGUUCCACUGUUACAGCAACAGGAAGGAGAAGGUUCUGGAGGACUUCCUGGGAACAGACUGGGAAAACGAGAACAGAGGCACUCUGGAUGUGUUCCUGAAGAGAGUGAUGGAGAAAUCCCUGAGAAGUAAAAAUGGUCACCUAGACAGGUUUGUUCGCUUCCUUCAUGGCCUCUGUCUGGAGUCCAACCAGAGACUGUUAAGAGGUCUGCUGGGUCAGACAGAGAAUCAUCCAGAAAUGAUCCAGAGAGUCAUCAUCAACCUGAAGGAGAUGAAGAGUGAUGAAAUGUCUCCAGACAAAAGCAUCAACAUAUUCCACUGUCUGAUGGAGAUGAAGGAUCUCUCAGUUCAUCAGGAGAUCCAAGAGUUCCUGCAGUCAGAGGACAGAUUAGAGAAGGAACUCUCUGAGAUCCACUGCUCAGCUCUGGCCUACAUGCUGCUGAUGUCAGAGGAGGUUCUGGAUGAAUUGAACCUGAAUACGUACAGUAUAUCAAACGAGGGAAAACUGAGACUGAUUCCAGCUGUGAGGAACUGCAGAAAGUUUCGACUUUAUAACUGUGGACUCUCAGAGAGUCACUGUGAAGUUGUGGCCUCAGCUCUGAAGUCCAACCCCUCCCAUCUGAUAGAACUGGACCUGAGAGGAAACAACCUGCAGGAUUCAGGAGUGAAGCAUCUUUCUGCUGGACUGCAGAGUCCAAACUGUAAACUGGAGACUCUCAGAUUGUGGGACUGCAGUUUGUCAGAGAUCAGCUGUGAUUCUCUGGUCUCAGCUCUGAAGUCCAACCCCUCUCAUCUGGAACAUCUGGACCUGAGUUUCAACAACCUACAGGAUUCAGGAGUGAAACAUCUGAGUGGUUUUCUGGAGAGUCCAGACUGCAUUCUGAAGAUUCUGAGACUGAGGGAAUGCAGUUUGUCAGAGAUCAGCUGUGAUUCUCUGCUCUCAGCUCUGAAGUCCAACCCCUCCCAUCUGAUAUAUCUGGACCUGAGCAGGAACAACCUGCAGGAUUCAUCAGUGAAACAUCUGUUAGAUCUUGUGAAGAGUCCAGACUGCAUCCUGAAGACUCUGAGAUGGAAGUGAUGCUGAUCAGGACGGUGUUUGUGCUGAGAGGAUGAAAUGUGUCCUGAUGAUCCAGAGGUUGAAGCAGCAGCAGCUGGUGUGUAGAGACUGUGACUGGACUAUGUUACUGGGAGGUGGACUAGGAACCAGUAUGAAGUGUGUUGUUCCUGUAUAGUUUAGUGUUGCAGCUCCACACUGUGAAUGAUGGAGAAGUUCAGUUAAUGUUGACUUGAUCCGUUGGAGGUUGAUGUCAGAUUGCAGAGUGUGCAGGAAGUUUCAGGAUGAAACGCAUCCUGACUCCGCUUGUAAAAAACACUCAGGGCCUUCAGGUGUUUAAUCAGGACUUUUCCAGCACAUGUUAGUUGUUUGAUGAUCAUCAGUCAGUUUUCUGCUGACAUGUGGUUACAUCAGCUCAGUUCCUGCUCUCUGACAGAAAGUGUAUUUGUCCAACUGGUCAGUUUGUCAGUCAGGAUGGAAUUCUGAAUCCAGACCUCCAUCAUGAACUUCAUGUUCAGAUCCACUGUUUGUUUGAGAUGAAAUGUUCUGAAAAUUCCACAGCAGAUGUUUCUCCUGUUUUUAGCUUUAGUUGUGGGCAGUGAGUGUAGGUGAGUCCAAGCAGGGUUUUCAUUUGGACUUUUAUCUGCUCAACAUAGGAGAGUUCAGUUUGGUGGUAACUUGCAGUCAGAAAUCUUCUAGUCGUUUCUCUUCAUUUCUUUUCAGUAGCACCCGUCACCCUCCG